UACUGGUGGUCAGGGGGCUGCGAAUCUUAUCUGAUUUUCCAGAGAGGGGUUUGGAACUGGACUGAAGAGGCAGGGACAAUAACAGGAAGCGGCCAGAGGAACUGCUGGGCUGGGCUGAUCACUUUUGCCACUGGAGUGGCCUGAUUGUCCAGUGAGCAGCUCUGUGGGAGCUCAGACAGGUUCACAUGCAGCUGGAAACAGACAGCACUGACCUGAGACUGAGGAGGAUAUAAUACGACUCAUUUACUGAAGGGAUUUUCGAAUCGAGGAAGACCGUUGAAGUGACCAAAAGUAUGAUGAUGAAACAGACUGCCUGCAGGCAGAUGACUGAGCCUGGCUUCUGGGCAGGUGUUCUGGUCAUUUUAUGUACCCUCAGCAUGGGAGCUGAUGUCCACCAAGCUCUGAAAACGCCAUCCAUGCCGAGCAGAGUGCUUCAAAGACAUAAGAGAGCCUGGAAAUGGGAUAAACUUUAUGUGAAUGAGGAAAUGCCUCCAAAAAACCCACCUGAAAAAAUUGGAAAGCUAGAGAAUACAUUUUUCAAUCCAUCUGCAAGAUAUAUUCUCUCAGGAGAAGGUGCUAAUGACAUUUUUACUGUAAAUGACAAUGGGGAUAUCAUUGUUAAUGCAAAGUUGGACCGGGAGAAGAAAAGUGUCUACAAUCUGUCAGCUUCACUCAUCCACAUUGCAACCAAAAAACAGAUUGACAACGAUGAUACAUUUAUAAUAGUGGUCAUGGAUAUUAAUGACAAUAGCCCUGUGUUUCCACCUGACAUCUCUGGAUCCAUCAGUGAAUCUUCUAAAGCAGGAUCUAUAGUAAUGACAGUAAAAGCAACUGAUGCUGAUGAUCCCACCACUCAAAAUGGAAUGAUUGGGUACAAACUUCUGAAUGGGACAGAUCUCUUCGCCAUCAACAAUAAAGGUGAAAUCAGAACAUUGACAAGCAGUCUUGACCGAGAGAAACGGAGUCAGUAUCUAAUUGCUGUACAAGCCAAAGACAUGCCAGACGUUAGUAAUACUGGGAAUUCUGCUACAACUAUUGUGACUAUCAACAUUAAUGAUGUAAAUGACAACAUUGCCACCUUCAAAACAGGAGAAUACCAAUUUAAUGUAAAAGAAGACAGCAAACCUGGAUAUGAAAUUGGCGAAUUAGAAGUGGAGGACAAAGACGAGAUACAAAACAAAGAUCCAUCUUUUACUAUACAACAUAAAUUUGAUGAAGUGUUUGGCAUUAAACUAAGUAAUGUGAAAGAUGGAAUUCUUAGCCUCAAAGUGCCUCUCGACUAUGAAACGCAGAAGAUGCACAAGUUUAGUGUAAACGUGUUAGAGCGCACAGUGUCUAAAUCACCAGAUAACCAAGGACCCAACCUGCAGACGAGAGCCCAAGUUUUCAUCAAUGUAAUUGAUGUUGACGAACCACCUGUUUUCAACCAAACUGAAUACAAGUUCAGCAUGUACGAGGGCCCGUUCAAGAAUCCAAUCAUUGGAGCUGUUUCAGCAAAGGAUCCAGAUAAAAACGGUUACAAAAUACGGUACUCUAUUGAAGACUCUAACUGUCCUGUAGCUGUGGAUCCUGUACAAGGAUAUCUGUCCUUAAAGAAGCAACUGGACAGAGAGGACAAAUCCUCCUACACUUUCCAGAUUACAGCACAGGAGGAUGUCACAAAUGGUCUAAAGUCCUAUGCGCUGGUUAAUCUGAAGGUUCUUGACAUUAAUGACAACGCACCAGAACUAACUAACCGGAGCUACGUGUAUGUUUGUGAGAGUGAUAAACCUGGAACAAUCAUUGGGACUGUUGGUGCCUAUGACAAAGAUGAAAAUGCAGGCAGGUUCCGUUUCACUCUGGCAAAAAGGAACUUGAACUUUUCCCUUUAUGAUAACGGAGAUAACACUGCGCGCAUUGAGCUGAAGCAAGGCGGUUUCAGUACAGAGCACUCGGUGGAACAUGUGCUGGAAAUCGAAAUCACUGAUGGAGGGACACCAGAACAGAAGAGCAUUAACCUCCUCCAGAUUAAAGUGUGCACGUGUCAGACAGGUAGACGGGUGGAGUACUGUAUGGCCUACACCCGGACCGGAAUGAGCGUCAGCGCCCUCUUAGCCAUUCUUCUCUGCAUCGUCACCAUCCUGGUCAUCGUCAUCCUCAUUGUGUUGCGGAGGCGCUAUCAGAAGGAAAUUUUGGUUACCAAGUCUUCUGGCGAGAUCCACGAGCAGCUUGUGAGUUAUGACGAGGAAGGCGGUGGAGAAAUGGACACAAACGGUUAUGACGUCUCCAUCCUGUCCUCUGCUUGUCACGACAGCAGCUUUCGGCCCGGCACGGGACCUUCGCUGUAUGCCGUGGUGAAGAAACCCUCUGCUUGUAAGGGUGACAUGGCCAUGAUGAUCGAGGUGAAGAAGGAUGAGGCCGACCAUGACCGUGAUGGGAUUCCCUACGAUACUUUACACAUCUACGGCUACGAGGGAUCUGAAUCCCUGGCCGGUUCCCUCAGCUCUUUGGACUCAUCUUCCAGUGGGUCCAAUCUGGACUAUGACUUUUUGCAUGAGUGGGGACCUCGUUUCAGGACCCUGGCUCAGCUCUAUGGAGUAGACGGCUCGGACUCUGAUAGCUCCGACUGAUCCUACUGAAGGCCUGGGUUAUCAGGUAGUCAUCGUCCUAGGAGGACACAUCAGCACGAUGGAGACUGCUGUCUUCUCUUCAUGGGACUUUUUGUAAGGGUCCCUUUAAGAAAGGGAUUAACAAGUGCCAAUACUUGUUUCCUUCAUGCAUUGUUAUGACAUUAUGAUGAGCACUACUGUAUUUGUAAUUUUCAUAGAAUAAGUGUAUGUUAGUAGAAAAACUUGCCUUGGUUUUUUCAGACUGGUUUUGUCCAGGUGGGUUUUGUAUAAAACAGCAUUAGACACUGGUUGGACAAACUCUCUGGUUUGUCCUUACAGCAAAUCUGCUUUCAUUUUUUUACACAAAAUAUCUUUGUGAAGGAUUUUUUUUUCUUUUUGUGUAUAUUGUAUUACUCAACCCAGUCUCAUGAGAAAACAUACUUAUUUUACGUUUUGGCAACUCUGU